AUGAAGUGCAAUAAAUUGAAUAUACGUAAUUUAAAAUUAAAACCAACAAGAAGAUCUCAAACACCUAUUCAAUCUGCUUCUAGUACUAGAAGUAUAUUACAAACAAGAGUUUCAAAUAACUCUUUAAAUCAUGAAGUUCAAAGAAAUAGUAAAGUUCAAAGAAAUAGUAAAGAUCGAAAAAAUAGUGAAACUCAAAAAAAUAGUAAAGUUCAAAGAAGUAAUGAAUCUCAAAAAAACAAUGAAGCUCAAAGAAGUAAUGAAGCUCAAAGAAAUAAUGAAGCUCAAAGAAACAAUGAAGCUUAUAGAAACAAUGAAGCUCAAAGAAAUAGCGAACCUCAAUUUAUUGAUGAAGAUUAUAAUUUUGAAACUUUUAAUAAAAAAGCAAAUUUAUUAAUAAAGAACCAAAAAGAAUUAGAUCCGAGAACUAUUUAUAAAGCAAUUCGUAAAAAAAUGAAUACUAUUAAGUAUCCAUCAAAUGAGCAGCUUGAAAUUGUAUCUAAAAUAGCACUUGAAAUUCAUAAUAAAGGCCAAUUAGAUGCUGUUUUCAUAAAUCUUUUAUGGAAAAAUUUAUGGAAUAAUAAAAUUGCCCAGGAAUAUCAAAGUGAAAUAAAAAUUAAGGUAAAAAAAGCAUUAACAGAAGUAUUUAGCAGAGAUCGAUUUCUACCAAUUGAGCAAGCACGCCCAUCAGCUGACCAACAAGUUUUUCCUGAUGAAACUACUAAAAAUAAUAUUGCAUUUGCAAGUGUUUGCAUUGAUGUAAUUUGUGAUGCAAACUAUUUUGGGUAUGAAUUACAACAAAAGUAUAUUAUUCAAGAAAUAAAUUCUUCUCUUAGAGGAAUGGAAUCAA